GCAGAUGGCCAACGCAAUUCACCAGUAGUAGUAGUUGUAGCGGCAUAACUAGCUAUGGCUACCACCAUGGCGGCUAACGACCCGACGAGCAUCCGCGUGGUUAGCCGCCGGCUGGUGAAGGCCUCCGACGCUUCCAUCCAGCCUCAUGUCAUGUCCCUCUCCAACCUCGACCUCUACGUCUGCGACUCACAGCUCGGCACGCUGUGCGUCUACCCCAACGCCGGCGGCGGCUUCAGCGCGCGCAUCCCCAGCCUGUUCGAGUCCCUCUUGCCGUCCUUGCUCAAUUACCUCUACCCAUUCGCCGGCCGCCUCGUCACCAACCCAAGCUCCGGCCUCCCCGAGCUCCACUGCCACAACCAAGGCGCAGAGCUCGUGGUCGGCGAGGUCGGCGUCGCCCUGGGGAGCCUCAACUACGGCGCGACCAAGGAUUCCGUCAAGAAGAUGGUGCUCCCGUUCCCCAGGGACGUCCUUCUGUCGGUGCAGCUGCUCUCCUUCGCGUGCGGGGGCUUCUCCGUCAUGUGGUGGAUCAACCACCUCGUCGGCGACGGCCACGUGGGCGCCACGAUCGUCAGGACGUGGUCCCAGCUCGCGCGGACCGGGGACAUCGGCGGUGCGCCCCCGCUCAACUACGACCGCUCCGUGUUCCGCCCGCGCAGCCCGCCGUCGUACAGCGACUCCGUCGCGGCCACCUUCACAACGUUCGACGAGCAGCGCCUGCCCAACGCCCUCACGGCGGAGGCCAGCUUCGUGGACCGCGUCUACUACGUGGAGGCGAGCGACAUCGCCGCGCUGCGCGACACGGCGGCGGCGGCCACCACGGCCCAGCGCCCGACCCGCGUCGAGGCGCUGUCCGCCUACCUGUGGAAGGCGCUCGCCGACGUCGUGGCCGCGUGCCCCCGGAGCAACAAGGAGCGCUGCCGCAUGGGUUGGUGGGUCAGCGCGCGGCGCCGUGUCACGGCGCCUAAGCUCGUCGCUUUGAUGCCCGGCUACCUGGGGAACGUGACGACCUACGCCCUGGGCGACGCGCCGGCGGAGGAGAUCGUGCGGAAGCCUCUGGCGGAGGUGGCGGCCAUGGUGCGGGACGCCAUCACGUCGGUGGACUACGACGAGUACCUCCAGGAGAUGGUGGACUGGGUGGAGGUGCACAAGACGGAAGGCCUGAUGGAGGCGGCCGUCAUCGGAGUCGGCGCGCCCACGCUGAACCAGUCGGUGAUGACCACGUUCCCGCUCGACACCGACUUCGGCUUCGGCCAGGCUACUCUGGCAACCACGGUCUCUGACUAUGGCAGGCUUUGCUCGGCUUUCCUUUCGGUCGGAGCGCGGCCGGGAGGCGACGGCUCCUGGCUCGUCACCGCCUACAUAUGGCCGCAGCUGGCGGCGGCGCUGGAGUCCGACGGCAUCUUCAAGCUUCUCACGGCGGAGUACCUCGGUCUAGCUAUGUGAGCAACUGAACGGAACACAGUUAGCUCGACGGAUCGAUCAUAUAUGUGUUUUCUUUCUUUUGAUUCGAAUCGAUGCAUGAUGUGCUUCCUUUGUUUUUCUGUCAGCUUUUGUACCUGUACGCCAGCAGAUGAGACUCUGGUCUUUGGGAUAUUAUAUAUCUGCUAAAUAAAGAUGGGCUCGACAU